ACGGUCUACCCAACCUCCGGUUAGAACCUCCUUUUUACACCUUACGCAGAAGUUAAAUAUAUAUAGAUUUUGACCUCUUCGUCACCCACGGUUCGAACCAUCCCUGUGAUAGGAAUACCAACAGUAAUGCAUACCCUACAUUGCGUGAACAAAGUAAGGAUGGCUCUGGAUCCAGAUUACUACAAGGAGGAAGAAAGCCCCAGAAUUCAUAGGAUGCACGUUGACCACUGCCUCGACUAUCUCAGACAGACGGUGCAAUGCCACGGUGACCUGACACCCAUGGUAUUCAGUUGGUCGGAUGAUGCUGGCAGGGUUGUUGCCGACUGGAAAGAACCUCACACAUGCCGCAACUUUAAUCGUGUUCGAAGUUGGGCUGAAGAUCACUUUCGGCCGUAGGCCACGCUGUACACAUGUUGCCAUGAUCGAUCAUUUGCAAGCCGUUUUCUUCUUGAGGACUAUCAAGAGGCUCUAUUUUGUAAAAUCAAGACUUAGGAAUAGUGCCUAUGAUGCACUUGAUUCUAGCCUACAGACGAAUAUUUGAGGAGCAAAAUUUCCAUAAGUUUUAUCAACCCCUCACCCUGCCUCUGUAUACUCUCGACAUCCUCACUAUCCUCGCUGAUCUUGCUGCCUUUACGUUGAAAGAGGCACCCAUCCGGACGGCGACCACUUCAUCUGCUUGCGCGUGCAUUUGCUACGGACACGGGCAAAUAAAGACGAACAAUCUGUAUGGUGGAACAACUUAGCGCAAGAUCCCCGUGAGCUGCUGGAGAGUUUCCAGCUCGCCGACAACAAGCCUCAAGGAGUCUGCCUCGUCUCUUCAGUGGCCCGGCGCGUCAUCCGAGAUGGCCACGAGUUUGAUAUCACUGCGAAAACGCAAGAAGACCUUCCAAGUUGAGACCUUUUCGAUCUCAGGUAUUGUAUUAGUUUGAUGAACCAUCCGAUCGGGGUUCCUAAUGUCUCGGAUGACGUAAUUGGUGAAUCGGAUGAAGACGUAUCUGACGAGGAAUUCGAUGAGGUUGAUGUGGUCGAAGGCGCCGUCAAGAAAUUGGAGGAAUCUGCGGAGCAGAUAUCGGACGUAGCGGAGGAAGAUGAUAUUGCCUGAGUAUCUUCGGGCCAGAAAACGAGGUUUCCCAACUUGGCGGAGCGUUUAAAGACAUGUCAUAUUGUAAUGAUCGAGAACCACUGAACAACGGUAUCG